GUGUCACACGUUUGUUUGUUCACUUGCACGAAAAUUUUCAUUUCCUUCGUUUGAAAAUUUGGGUGGGGAGUGAAAAUUCACUGACGUCUAGAUUCCGUGCUAGCUACAUUCAUGAACUUACAUCAAUAAAGCUCUUCCUGCUACUGCCAGCAGUGAAAACCUGUUGAGAAUUCAGUACACAAAAUGUUACUCUUUACUUUGUUAACAUUUUCACUGGCAAUAAAUGGAAUCUACACUGAGAAUGUACUCACAACAGAGGUGUUUGAGAUUGAGAUCAAUCCAGACAUGUUUAACUGGACUUUUGAAGGAAUAAGAGGUCAAUAUGUCUAUCAACCCUCAUAAAGAUGCCCGGACCUUCCAAAGUGGAUAAAUUACAUCUAUAGCCAUAAACACAACUCUGGGUUUCUUUAUGGUGUGCCACCAAACAAAAUGGGUCAUGUCAAUCUUGAUGUGGUGGCUCUAAAUAGAAAAACCUAUGAAACCAGGAAGCAUAUUCUACCUAUUCAUAUAACAGAAAAGCUAAAACCAGCCAAGUAUGAAGUGCAGCUGAAGAUUGACAACUUAAAUGUUGAUGAUAUGUUUGAUUUGGAAAGAAUGGAUAGACUUAAAGAUGUGUUUCGAAAGAAACUAUGGAAGGAUAGUGAUGAUGAUUUGUAUGUGACUUUCCUAGCAUCAGCUAUUGAAUUAGGAGCAAGAUUACCAGUGAAUCCCACUGAAGGCGAAGGAGUUGUUUUGAGGAUUGGCAGCAGGGCUCCACUCAGUAAUGAAUUAAUAGAAUUACAAGAGGAGGUUAAACCACUGUGGAAAGUUCCAAGUUGUCCGAGGGAUUUUAAAAGGACAACUGUUGAGAGAUACUUUAGGGAUGCAGGAUUUAAUUUGGAUUGGUGUGCAUUUAGACUUUUGGAAGAUAAUAGCUCUGCCAUGCAACAUUCAAGAGCAAAUAUUGAGAAUCACUCGAAUGUGAACACAGAUAAACUCAUUCAAGACCACUGGGAGACUUUGUACAUUGAUGAAGUACCAGAAAGAUCCUACAAGCAUGAAUUCUUGUUCACUAUACUAGUGCCCAUGUUCAUCAUGACUCUACUAGCGCUUAUAUUAUCAUUGAUACUGUGUUUCCACAAUGAAGGAAUGAAUGAUCCAAUGAGUGAAGAAUAUUUUGCCAACAUUUUUCAUUUGUGUACUGAUUCUGAUAGUGUAAAAGAUGAACCUCAGGAAGAGCAAAACGAAACGCUGCACAACAAUUUCAACAAUUUUGAAACCAUCCAGAAAGCGACGAAUUCUCUGCGUAAUUAUUCAACGCCGCGUGAUUUUAUCUGCAUGUCCCCGGAAUCUACACAUAUGUCGUACACGAAUAGCCCAACGAAUACGUUGAAUAAAGGCCACCAUUGCCGCCCCAGCCCACCGCCCUAUGUACGCCCCAAGUACAAACCGGAGUUUUGACCUGAGGUCGAAGCCGGCGAGACCAGAUAUUGCUAAAUAACGAAUGAAAUAUUCUAGGAAUAGUUGUAGCCGGCUUCUAACAUUUUAUAACACGGAUUAAUAAUUGUAGACAGUGUAGCAGACAAUAUAAUGGACUUAUUGAGUUGUUUAACUGUUAUUUUAUAAAAUUGAAGUCUUUAAAUGUUUAAUAAAUCAUUGUUUACUGUGUAGGGACAAGUAUUGUGUGUAAACAUAAUAAAAUAUAAUCUAAAUAUAUUACCUUUCUAAUUAAA